AUGUGUAAUGUGCACACAAACACACUUACAGUGAAAAAAACUGGUACAACAUGUGUCUUGGAAAUUUCAGAUGCUCAGGAGAGUGAUGAAGGGAAUUACACCAUAACCCUGAGUAACAGUUCAGGCUCUGUCUCAUGCUCUGCCCUUGUCAGAGUAGAAAUUAAGGAAUGGAGGAAAGUGCGAUGGAGACAAGACGAAAUGUUAAAUACUCUCAAAGCAUUUAACAUUUGUAAUGAAGUCCCAGAGCUCCGCUUCCUUCUGUAUGGACCAGUUGGAGCAGGAAAGUCCAGCACAAUAAACACCAUCAGAAGCAUCUUUGAAGGACGUCAGUUUGUGAACUGCCUGGCUGCUGCAAUAUCUACUACGAGUCACACUCUAUGCUAUGAACGAUUUAGAUUUGCAAAUGAAGCAGGAUCAUUUCCUUUUGCCUUCAAUGAUGUAAUGGGUGCAGAAGCAGAAGGUGGGGUGCACACUCAAGAUAUCAUCAGCGCUUUAAGAGGUCAUAUGAAAGAGGGUUACUUGUUCAACUCUAAAUAUCCACUGUCUGAAAGCAACCAUUAUUACAAUCAAAAUCCCAGCCUGAGUGAUCAGAUGCACUGCCUGGUGUAUGUCAUACCAGCCGACAAGAUUUCAUUGAUGGGAAAUGAUUUGAUUAAAAAAUUGAAGAGUGUCCAAGAAACAGCCAGUAGAAUUGGAAUCCCUCAAGUCGUUUUCAUGACAAGUGUAGACCAGGCAUGUCCACUGACAGUGGAGAAUUUGCAAAACAUCUACAAAAGCAAAAAGAUCAGAGAUAAAAUGCGUGAGUGCAGUAAUGCACUGGGUGUGCCUAUGAACUGUAUCUUCCCUGUCUUGAACUAUCACGAGGAGACCCAUAUGAAUGAGGAUAUAAACUGCCUGAUUCUGGAUGCCUUAACACAGAUUAUACAUUGGGCUAAUGACUAUGUGAUCAAACGUUCCAACAACCAAAUUUCACAUCAACAGCCAAUCUGCGAAUAAAGAAAUUUCAUAGAAAAUAUGAAAAGCAGAAUGAUAAACAAUUCUGACUAUCUAAUGGCUAUCUGUCAAUCAAAUUCACCCAAUCCUUAAUCCAAAUCAAUCCGUUAAUACAACACAUUUUAAAACAUGAAAAUUAUAUUCAUUUUAUGAUCCAUAUUUUUAAAAGGAGUUUAAGGAUAGAAAUAUACAGAUAAUGCAUGCUUUGUAUAUAGUUUUAAAAUCCUAGCCUGAGCAUUGAAAGUUAUAUUACAUUUCAUCUUACUUCUUUAGUGUAUGAAAAGGUUUGAAUUUUUACAUGAUUAUUAUGGAAUUGACUGCACCAGUGGCACAGACUGAACAAUUUAAAAUUCUGGUUAACAGUGUAAAUGUUGUCAUGGAGACGCAAAAGAAUAGUACACAUUGCUAUAAUUAGUACAUAUUUUGGAGAUUUUACAUUUAGCUCAUUUCAGCUGUAAUAUACAAGGUUUCAUGAUAGAUAUAUUGGUGAUUGAUCUGAUGUAUUAUUCUGUAAUGUUUAAAUAAAACUAUAAAAUGCCCCUGUAUGUUUAAUAUCACUUAUUCCUUCUAUAAAUAGAUUUUAAAAUUAUUAUAUUUAAAUUAAAUAAUAAAACUGAAUAAGACAUUACAAAAUUAGUAGCUUAAACAAUACAAUGAAUGAAGCAAAUGCAUUUCUUGCUCCAGGUGCUACAACAGAGGUACACUUAAAAAGAAUGAAAUGAAAUAACAUGCCUGUGAUGGCCAGCAGAAAAUGAAAUGGUUGAUUGAUUUGAUUGAGGGACUCUUCGAUUGAGACAAAUGCAUGGAUUGAAACUGAAAUUAUAAAAUAAAUCCUCUUCAUAUUCAUCAUCAAAUUAAAAAAAAACCUGAGCCACAACCUGGUAAAUAUAGAGUUACAUGUGAAUUUAGAGUUACAAGUGUUUCAUUAGGCAUUAUCAAAGGUUUCAGCAACCUCUAGUUCAAGUAACACACCUGAGUUUCUUCUGCUACCUCAUUGACUUGUGAAAAGGUGAAGCAGAAAGACCAGAUUUGAUAGCAUAUGCUGUAGCCCUCAAUAAGAAACAGCUGUUGAAUAUGAAAGAAAUAAAAACAAAAUCAACGAGGAUAUGAUGUGCAGAACAUUAUUGUAGAUGUUAACACUUAAGUACAUAAAAUCAGUGUAUUUUAGUCCUCAAAUAAAAUGUUUAAGGACAUGAAAAUCGUUAAAUCCACACCAAAGAAAAACAAACGAACAAACAACCCUACAUGCCCACACAGAGUUUCCCACUACUCAUUAAAUGGGCUUUUUCUCAUUACCACUAAGACCAUUAAAAGAAACAGUUUCAGUUGAACAGAAGGAAUAGUUUGCAACUAUUAAAAGGACAAUUAAAUGCUGAAAUAAUAAUGCUGUACAUUACAAACCUAAUACCCAAUCAGACAACAUCAAGCAUACAAGCUGCUCAUCAAGUGGAUAAAUCUGAAAUUUUCAAGUUGUAGUGUGGAUAAGUUUUCAUGCUGUAGUGUGAAUAAGGGAAAACAUGGCUUCUGAAAAUUCUGGCAUAUGAUUAUAAAAAUGAAAGUAGAAUGGCUACUUAAAGGGACAGCCACUGAGCAGCAGACAGAGACACAGUCUUCAAAUUUCAGUCACCUGUUUUCACCUGUUCAUCAAGAAAAAUGCUAAAACUUCAUUACUACUGAAUGUUUUCUAUUCUUUUUUUUUUUAGUGUAACACCAGAACCAGCUCUUCUUUGUCAAUCUUCAGUCAGAUUUUGUUAAUGUGUAAGGAUGGAGCGUCAAUGUGGAAAAGUCUAAACCUUCUGCCAGAGGCAAACAGGUUUUAGGCUGAAAUGUCCUGCCUUUUGUGAGAUGUCUUCAGCAAGCAGUUCUAUUUUGCAGUGCUUCCAAACAUUCUUGAUAUUAAGAAAGUUGCAUUUAACAGCUGAUUUUGGGAAACACACACACACAAAACAAACGAAAAAAAAAAUAGACCAAAGAUUAUAGCACAACUCUAACAAAAUUUGUAUUGUUCUUCAGAAUUGUGCUUAAGGUUAUUUUUAACUGCCUCAGUAUACAGAGCUUUGCCUAAGUAUUUAACCCCUUGAAAUUUUUACACAUUUUGUAGUGUUAGAACCUGGAACUGCAAUGCAAUUAGUUGUGAUAAUAUGUCAUGAAUCUGCACUAAUCUUCAUGGUACAAACUCUCUGGAAUGCCAUAGUGCCUCAUUAGCUGCCACAGGAUGGAUCAAUCUAGACUGUUGAAGUCCUUUUGGAAGUUCACGAAGGUGAUGUAGAGUGGGGACCUCUACUGUGAUACCCAGUGUAGCUAUGAGGUCUCUGC